AAAUAUAACCGGAGAUUAACGGUGGAUAUUGAUUGGAAAACGUUUCCUUCAAAAGUCUACUUUGACUGCGCUAACUGCUAGAUGUCUUCUCGGAUCUCUCUGUUUGCUCUAAUCCCAGAUUCGGUUUAGCUCUCCAAAUCUUCAGAGGGUAUUGAAAUGGCGGAAACAAAGACAUUGAGAAAACCUAUUUUCACCCAGGUGGACCAACUUCGCCCGGGGACUAGUGGUCAUACACUUACUGUCAAGGUUGUCAAUACAAAGAUGGUACUGCAGAAGGGUCGUCCUGUUGGUCCCCAAGUACGUCAAAUGCGAAUUGCUGAAUGUUUGGUCGGAGACGAGACAGGAAUGAUCAUCUUUACCGCAAGAAAUGAACAAGUGGACUUAAUGAAAGAAGGUGCUACCCUAACUCUUCGCAACGCAAAAAUUGACAUGUUUAAAGGAUCGAUGAGGCUUGCAGUGGACAAAUGGGGUCGUGUUGAGGUUGCCGAACGCGCUAGUUUUACGGUGAAGGAAGAUAACAAUCUGUCACUUAUUGAAUAUGAACUGGUUAAUAUUGUUGAAGAAUGACCUCCAUAGACCCACCUCAGGACGGUCUUCGCUUUGCUUUUUAUAUCCGUGACCCGAAGAAUAAAAUCGACUCCGGAAAGAUGGUACUCUGAUCUCAUCUUUCAGAGCUCAUUGAAGUUAAGUUUUAAAUUCUACUUGAAGUUGAUUCUUGCCUACUGCAUCAAAACCAGCAGAACCUUUUGGUUGGAAACUCCAAACAGACGGUGAUGGCUGUAAAUUUUAGAGGUAAAAGUUGGUAGCUUUCGGAACAUACUUUCAUUUGUUACUUUUUUAACCGUGUUUUCGGCUUUUAGAUUAUACUAAAGAAAUUUGUAAUAAAAGUGUAUGCCUACAUACGUCAUACCAGGCCCAGUAGUUUGUGUAAUGUGUAUUUUAUCAUGUUAUAAAUUGUGUUCCAAGUAA